AAAAGAUUUUAUUUAACAAUGGUAUGUAUAUUUCAUCUAUAAUUCGAAAGCCAAAAGCCCCUAAAACUAAUAAAUCAAAGAAAAUAUCUAAAAAGAUUGCUGAUAGAAAGAAGAAUCCUCUUUUUGUUAAAGAAGCUAAGAAUUUUAGAAUUGGAAAUGAUGUCCAACCAAAGCGUGAUUUAUCAAGAUAUGUGAGAUGGCCUCGUUAUAUUCUACUUCAUAGAUAAAAAAAGAUUUUAUUAUAAAGAAUUAAAGUACCAGCAGCAAUUCAUUAAUUUAGUAAGACACUUGAUAAAAACUAAAGUAAAUAAAAUUAUUCUAAAAUAGGCUCUAAAGUUUAUUCUUUAUUGAAAAAAUACUCUCCUGAAACAAAGACUGAAAAAAAACAAAGAUUAAUUAAGGCAGCAGAAUAAAAAACUUAAAAUUAAAAACCUGAUACAAAAAAAGUAAAUGUUCUUAAAUUUGGAUUAAAUCAUGUGACAACUUUAGUUGAAACAAAAAAAGCUAAAUUAGUUCUAAUUGCUUAUGAUGUUGAUCCAAUUGAAUUAGUUGUUUGGUUACCAUAAUUAUGCAGAAGGUAAGAAGUACCAUUUGCAUUUGUAAAAAGUAAAAAUGUAAUUUAAUAAUUUUCUUAGAUAAAGCUAGAUUGGGUAGUUUGGUUCAUCAAAAAACAGCCACUUGUGUUGCAUUAACUGAAAUAAGAAAAGAAGAUUAAGCUGAAUUUGAUAACUUAGUAUAAAUUUAUAUUAUUAAUUAAGGCUAGAGAUUUAAGAUAACAUUAUAAUGAGAAUCAUGAAUUAUUGAGAACUAUUGGAGGAGGUUAAGUAGGAAUAAAGUCUAGACAUUAAUAAGAAGCAUUGAAAAAGGCUUUAGAGUUAGAAGAACUCAAAAAAACAAGUUAAUGAUGAUGAUG